CGGUGAUCCUGGACUGCUGAAGGUGUGCUCUUGUGCAGAACGGAGAUUGCUAUGCAGCCAUCCGGGCGCACCCACUUGUUAAGAGCUCGGCUCUACCCCGCACUUGAUCAGAUCAGAUCAGAUCUUGGCGCCUGCCGAAGUACAGCGCCUCUCCCGCCUCUCCGAGACCACUUCGCCACUCGAGACCAUCAAAGCAUCAGCUUUCACAAACGACUGAUCCCGCAAAUUGCAAGAUCUCUGAAAGUAGGCAGCAGGCAGACUGUCAAUGCAAAAGUUUGCAGGAAUGCGAACCAAGGCAAACGUAGUUCGCAAAAUGUCUCUUACCGAUGAGACAGGGGAAAUCUUAUCAAUCGCAGAGGACUGGAUUUGUCCUGCUCGCGCCGUGGCGUUCGCCGAGCUUAUUACUUUUCUUCUGCCCAAUCCCGCUCUGCUGCGCUGGAGACUGUAUGUUCUUCGCGACGCUAGAGAUUGUACUACAGAGUCGCAGUGGUGUCUGGUAAAGUACCUGCACAGGCGCCAAGACAUUCGUGAUUACAUCGCAUGCGUGCGCCGUGCAAGCCAGAUGAGCAGUGCGAAAGGUUGUCUGUGGUUCAACUCCUGUUUCCUUACAUUGGCGAUUGCCUGCUUCUUGGCCGAGGUAGCUGCUAUUGUGCGCUGAAGAUAGCAGUGCAACUGUUUGCCUCGUCUGGCAUUGCCA